CAUGGUCGUAGCCCCCGAGUACCUAUUCAUUGUUGAGCUUCUUUGCUGACUUAUUUCCCUUUAUGCAGGAAGACGUACUCGUGUUCUUUUCGCCCCUUCCUCCCCCCGGUGCUAAUGAUAGCAAAAACGCACGGCGUACUUUUGGAAUGGGUUACUCUGACAAUGAUGCUGCUAAGGAUUUUGUUGUGCAGCAUCGAACCUUCGAGCAGGCCGGAGAAUCCUCUGGCGCGUCGAAGCGUCCUGCUGAAGAUGAGCUUGAUGCCAGUUUAGCCCCGCUGCCGAGGAGGAUACAAACGGCGGUUGUCAAAAGGCGCGUUUCGCGUAGUCUUCGCAUCGUCAAGGAUGCUCCUCUGCCGCGGGCGAUGAUGUAGUUGAGACAACGAAGACGACAGCCAAUACCAUUCCAACUGAAGUUCCAGCUGCUGGGGAGGACAUUAAUGCUGGAGAUGAUCGCGAGCCUCCCGCUGCUGAACUGAACCCUGCGGGUACAGAGGUACUUGUAGGGGAUGAAGUUGGUACUAUCCUAGCUGCCAACACCUAGGAAAUGCUGUCGUGAGCUCUUCCAAGCGUGUCCACUCCUACUAUCCAGCCGAUGCGCUUGGUGGGGAACCCGUCACUGAAGCUGCGGAGAUCCACCAGGACAUCCUUGAAUGUGGACCUUGGUGCAUCAGGUUUGGGGUCGACAACUGAUGGCGCAAGCCGCUCAAUUGAAGGUCCAGUCCUCGCGCCUACCGUAGUCCCAUCCAAGGAGAAUUCGGCUCCAGCAUCAGAGGCGGGCGCCACAUCCUUUGUCGCUGUGCUGAUGCGUGAUGUGAUCAGCUCACUGAGGGAUGUUGUGGUGCCAGCUCCCGAGCCCGCUAUUCCCAUAGUGCUCCCUGAAGCUGUACCUGUGGAGAAUCCGCCUACGUCAGAGGUCUUGGACGUGAUACCUCUCAACGCUGCUGAUCCUGGAGUCUUUGAGCUUGAGGCUUCGUGGACUCUCGAAGCCGUGGCUAUUGCAGCUGGGACGUCGUCUGAGGCGGGGACAUCAGGAGGCCGCAAGCUAGUCUCGGUACCUGGCAUAAGGAGCAAGUCGCCCAUGGAGGGUCUGCUGCGUCCUAAGGAGAUCCAGACCUUCGAGAGCCCCAAAUUGGAUCCGCAGACGGUGGCUACCAUUCUGGAGAUGAACCUGCGUGUCGCGUCGUAUACUGAGACCUGAUCAACCAUUCUCGCCGGAAUGCUCAAUUUGUGUGGGAACAUGGCGAAUCUUUGUGCCGGAUUGAGGUGCUAGAGAAACAACUGGCCGAAGAACAAUUGCAAUCCUCCCGACUCGUGAUGAAGUUUGACAGUACGGUGGCAUCCUUCCGGGCGGAAAGGCAAGAGUUUAUGAGUGAAAAAGACCACCUCGUUGCCCGUAACAAGUCGUUGUACCACAAGACUAAAGAAUAUAAAAAUCAAGAAACUGUGCUGAAGAACUCUGUCACCAUUUGGAAGAAUGCCUUCUACCAAUUGACCGAUUAGCAUGAUAAGUUGGUGCGAUAGGUGGAGAAGAUGGAGCACAAUCUGGAGAAGGAAUCCAAAAUGCACCGGGAUGGUGAAGCUAGUCUUGUCGAAGCCAUGACUACUAUCCGGGCGCAACAAGCUGAACUCUAGUAGUGGACUGAGGUGGCUCAGCCAUUGGUUGAUAUGGUAGAGUCUCCAGUUGAAGGCACAAAACCUCGCCCACUAGUGGAAAAACUCCGAGAUGCGCCAACGAAGAUCACCAGCUAUAUCCAAGGGAUGGCGAAGUCUGUGUCCAAGCAGCUGCUAGGCUUUUGUUAAGUCCUUCUACCCCAAGGCCGACCUGUCUCCUGUCGCGGAGGGGAUCGCUGGGGAUAGUACUGAUGAAGUCUUUCAGCAGUAUCUGGAAGAGAAGGAUCCCAAUGCUGAAGAGGUGGAAAAGUAUUUGGAUCUGCAGGAGACUUAUAUUUUUUCCCUUUUUUUGUUGGGCAUGAAAAGCAUUAGUCCUGUAAUGGAAUAGCUAUGUAUAUAACUCUAAGUCUUUAAGCGAUUUGUUGCUCUUUGACUA